AUGGCCCUCAACAUAGCCUUCAUAAAUAACCUUGGAGAAAAUAUUUUAAAAUUUUUUAACCCCAAGUUGAAGUAUGGCAGAAGAGUUACAAAGAACUGGUUCUUGAUGAACCCGACCCAUUUCUUUAUAGCCUUCCUCCUUUACGUUUUAUUCGUUUUGGCCACCUAUGCGUAUAAUGCCUACUACAUGUCGAAGCUUAAGUCAGAUAAGGGGUUGUCCAAAAUUAAGUCUUCUUCAAGCUCCAAGUUGAAGAAUGCUCGCUUUGAUGCUAUUUUAGGAAAGGCCAUUCCUCUGUACAAUUUGUUGCAGGUCCUGCUCAGCCUAGUGAUCACCGUGCUAACCAUAUUUGAAGUGCGAAAGAGAAAAUUUUCUCUCCUGCACAACUAUGUCGAUUUUUCCAAGACGAACAUUGCGCUUUGCUGCUGGCUCUUCUAUGUCAACAAACUUUUUGAUUUUAUGGACACCAUUUUGAUUGUACUGAGAAGGAAAUGGAACCAGUUCACCUUCCUCCACGUGUACCACCACAUAUCCGUUUUCCUCAUCAUGUGGAUUAACACCAGCGUGGGAUAUGAUGGAGACAUUUACUACGUCAUCACAGUCCUCCAUCGUGCACUUCAUCAUGUACCUGUACUACUUCCUAGCGAGCAUGAAAUUCAGCGUCCCAGUGUUCGUCAAGGCCAGCGUGACGUAUAUCCAAAUGAUACAGUUCCUCGCCAUCAUCAUCCCAGCGUUCUGUGUUUUGUUUUUGAAAUACAACUCCUACUACCCCAUAAGACUGGUCGCUCUGAGUUUUUACU